GGUAACAACAUGCCAACUGACAACAAAAAAGAAUCUGAACCCACUGACACAAUUGUGAUCACUAGUGAGUGUGAACUAAGAUUUGAAGUAGAGAGCGAUGAAGUUUCACUUGUGCUUGUGGAUGGUCAAGCAGAAAUCUUUGGAACAGAGAUUCCUCAAAAUAAAGUUUACAAGUUUGUUGCUGGGUUGAGCAUUGCAGUAUUUUCAUGGAGGGGGUGCCGACUGAAGAUUACUGGUAAUUGUUCUCGGUACAUCAGUAAACAGACUCCAAUGGUAGUUUAUUUGCAGACUCAUGGUGCACUCCAACAAAUGCGCAACAAUGCAGAAAGGGAUGAUAAAGACGGUCCCAGAAUCUUGGUGGUUGGUCCUCAAGAUGUAGGCAAAUCAACACUUUGCAGACUACUUUGCAACUAUGCUGUAAGAAUGAAGCAACAGCCUGUGUAUGUCGACUUGGAUGUGGGACAAGGUUGUAUUGGAAUACCUGGAUCUAUUGGUGCACUUGUGCUAGAGCGUCAAGCUGAUGUUGAGGAGGGAUUCACUGAGCAACUGCCUAUUGUGUAUCAUUUUGGGUACUACUUCCCUGAUGCAAACUGGGCUCUUUACAAUGAACUGGCUAAGAAAAUUGCAGAAGAUAUUGAAAAGAGGUCUGAGUUCUCCCAAAAAGCCAGGCACAGUGGAUUUGUUGUUAACACAUGUGGUUAUGUUACAGGUGACGGAUAUAAGUUCAUUAAAGAAGCAGUAGAUAUCUUUAAAAUCAAUUGUAUUUUGGUUAUUGAUCAUGAGCGGGUGUUCAAUGAUCUUCAGCGUGAUAUUCCUGAAGAUAAAGCAACAUCGAUUCUUCUCCCUAAAAGUGGAGGUGUCAUUAAAAGGAAUGGACCCUGUAGGAAACGUACUCGGGAAAGCAGAGUUAAGCAAUAUUUCUAUGGUUUCCGACGCCCACUUAACCCAUUUGUGUUCAACAUUGGUUUCGAUGAUAUACAAAUCUAUAAAAUAGGCUCUCUUGAGAUCAGUGAUUCAUUGCUUCCAAUCAACAAAGUUACUGACAUUAAAAACAAACUGAAUUGCGUGAAAAUUGAAAUUGAUAAUGAGUUACUGCACACAGUUCUGAGUCUGGUGUUUGGUGAGCCUCCAGAUCUGCUCUGCUCCACAGUAGCCGGGUUCAUCGUCGUCAAAGAUGUUGACAUGGAGAACAGGCAACUCAACGUUCUGGCUCCUGCACCCCAUCCCCUAACUCAUAAUAUCUGCCUGUGGAGUGACACAAAGUAUAACGAUGAGGGUUCUAUCAGUUAGGUACAACUGUACAAGAGCUCCUGGCCCUGGGGGGUCUUGAAACUGAAUAAGCUGCUAUUUCUUAGAUUAACAGUUAACUAAGUGAAAAGAAGUAAAGGUGUCUGAUAAAUCAAUUGGUAAUAUUAUAACAUUACGGUGUAAUACGAUAUCAUGUACGUGUACUUUCUAUCCUGAAUCCUAUUUCUCCAAUCAUAUAAUGGACUUGAGAAAUGAGUAAAAGGUGAUAAACUGAAAUUCGAUCUAGCAAAUAUUAUUUCUUCAUACUAGACGUUGCCGUGGAUAUGUGUCCAGACACUGUGUAUUAUUGUUUAUCUCUUCAGUAAUGACCAUUACUAAUAUGAAUUUUUGAUGUAAUUUAGGCUUACCUUCUUGAUUUGAUCAGAGACGCUACACAGUUGCACUGCACUCAUGCACUGUUCGAAAUUAUUUCCAAACCUGCCGUAAAAUGAUAUUUUGCUCAUUGGAGUCUGGAUUAUCAUAUCAGAAAUCGUUUUUCCGAAAGUCUGUAAUGUUUUUCCGAGAGUCUGUAAAUAAUUCUUGAAAAAAUCAAUCAAUACCUAUAAUACAAUUGGGAUUGACAAUGUUUGUAUACUGAAAAUUUCAAUUAUUAUUUUACAAGUUGUAUUUUUAUCAUUGA